UUCUGUCUUAAACUUCAAAAAUUCUCUUUACAGGAUUACAAUCCUUACUUUGAGGGUGACACUGGUCUUAAUGGUUCUAUUGACUGAACUGUGUGCAAAGGAAACCCCACAGGAUUUCAUCAUUAGAUACAAGAAGUACAACACCGUCUGUCAAAGACUAGGAUACGAAAAAAGAAGUUGCAAAGAAAGAAAACAAGGAAUCAUUGCUUUCCACGCACGACUGUCCUCCACUCUACACAAUCUCGGCAGCAAUGCUGUUGUAGUAUUUGGAAAAGUAACUUUAAACUCUGGAUCCACCUACAACGGUAACAAAGGAAUAUUCACAGCACCGACAGAUGGCAUCUACUCCUUCACGUGGACCAUUUUGACUGCGGCUGGGUCUCAUUUUCACUCAGAAAUCGUCGUCAAUGGAAAUGUAGUUGGCUAUAAUAAUGCUAACGGUAUAAGCGUCAGUCGUCAAUACGAGUCUUCCUCAUCAACGGCAGUUAUUAGAAUGAAGAAGAAUGACAAGGUCUGGAUAAGGACACAUGGUAAUCAUGGGAGAGAGGCACAGGGAGACUGGUCGUCAUUUUCUGGGUUUCAAUUGUAGACAUUGAAAUACUUGGGAAAAUAAAGGAAUUAAAU